CCCAUCUCGGACUUCUUGCGCGCCCCUAGCGGUAUGGCGCUCGGGAGACGGAGAUAGUGCCAUCCUGUUGAAUACGUGCUCAGGCUUUCGCGUCAGUGCCAAGCUCGCUCCUUCUCCACGACUCCCCACCUGUCGAUGCCUUUGAAUUGUGACGUGACGUGCGGUGGGCUCUAUAUAAACCGUAACUCCCGACCCUGUUACUCACUCACCACAAUGCACCUGACAGCUCGGGGUCGCUGCGCAAUAUUUCGUUGUCUCUGCUCAUCCUCCGUUGCUUGAAAUACAGUUACUGGAUAUUUUUUUUUAUGCUGGAGUAUACUACUGUUUUAUGAAUGCCCCGAUGGAGGUGUUAAGUAGUUUGAGCAGUUCUGGGCACACGAAUGUAUCCACUUUGGUGGCCAACUGGAACCUAAGCACGCAUAUCCUAAAGGGAAACGUCACCGAGAUGCCCGUUUACAACAGGAGGAUCCGAAUUAUCUCUCUGACUGUCAUCUUUGCCAUCGCGCUCGUAGGUAACUCCACAGUACUGCAUAAGAUUUGCUGUGGGAAAAGCAAAAAGCGGAAAAUUGACUUUCUUAUCACGAACCUGGCGCUGGCUGACGUCUGCGUCUCGGUAAUGACUUUGCUCUCGCAGAUAAUCUGGGAAGUUUUGGAGGACGAAUGGCUGGCAGGGGACCUGGCUUGCAGAGUUUUUAAAAUCUUUCAGGUAUUUGGGUUGAUCGCCUCGUCCAAUAUCAUUGCCAUCAUCGCGCUCGAGAGACACCAUGUCAUCGUGCACCCCCUGGAAUCUCCUCUGCCCGCUAAACUGCUAGCAUCCCUCGGCUGGCUCGCCGCUCUCCUUCUUUCCAUUCCCCAGGCUUUUGUGUUCAAAGUGAUUCAGGCGAAAGAUAAAGCUAAAUGCCUCAGUGUCUUCGCCAACCUGCCAACCUGGCAUUUCCAGGUGUACAUCAUUUAUGGCUCUAUUACUGCGUUUUUCCUCCCAUUCUGCAUCUUGUGCGUGGCGUACACACGGAUUCUAUGGACCAUUUGGAGGAAAGAGCAACCUGUGGAAAUCGGCUAUGAGGAGUCCAGGUGCGCCGAUCCCAAGUAUUUAAGGAGACCCGUGAAGAUCACAGCCACUAACAGCUCCAUCCCCAGGGCUAAAAUAAAGACUCUCAAAAUGACCCUGGUUAUCAUUAUUCUGUUUAUAAUAUGUGGGCUGCCGUAUUUCAUCAUUGAAAUGAAAGUUGCUUUUGGAAGCAGCACGCACCUGGACGAAGUCGUGACAGCAGUUCUAGGGAUAUUUGUGGUCACUAACAGCGCGGUGAACCCGUACGUGUACCUCUUCUUUAAAACCAACAACGUCCUCCUGAGGAAGGUGGAAAAAAACUUGUGUUUCUCCUGCCUGAAGGACUACCGAGAGAAUACCUUUCACAGGGAGCUACUAGCCUACCCAUGGAGGAAAGUAGAGCAGUCGGCGGGCGCCACCAGUUCGGACACUGACACCUCGACUCUGCCAUCGAUGAGCUGCUCGAAGCCCACAGGCUCCCUUAGUGACAUUAACUCGUGUGACAGUUCCACCUGAGGUAGCGGUCUGGGGAACUGGGCUGUCACAACGGUCAGGUAAUCCCAAAAACGACGGACACCUUUCCGCCUUAAGUGUGCGUGACAAAGUGAACACAGACGCUCGACAAUAAUCGUGUGUGUUUAACUGGGAAGCCCUCGUCCCGCAGAUCGCCAGUAACGGUUCAUUCAUUUUGCUGCAAUCUGUGUGUAAACUGUGGUAUGUUCAAAUAUUACAUGUUUUAAUGUUUCUGCUUAAAGUCUUCAACUAUGCUGAACUAUGCAUCUUUCCAUUAAAAUGUAAACCACAGUUUCAAAAUUGUCCAUUACGUUGGAUAAAAUAUGUGACCGCUGGGGGGCGUACACGCAUUAAAAGGACUUUGUGCUUUGAGACUGGCGAGAGAGAAAGAGCGGACACUGAGUGACCAGCAACGCCGGCCUUUGCUGCACGAUCGGCACAAAGCAGUCCUUACUGAAUCUGCCUUUUCAUUUCACUCCCUGUAAAAGGAAGUAUGCUGUGAUUGCUUGAUUUAUUACAGUUAAGUGCUGUUAAUGAACAAGUGCUGGAAAAUUAUACAUGCUGAUGAACGUGAAUCUUUUUUUGUGUGUUUACUGUGACCUUCCGUACCGUGCCGCUCAUUCAGACAAGAUUCAUGUAGUCCAGGCACUUGUGCUGCUGUGCACCACUUUUUAAAUUAUUUAUAGUUCAUAAUAUACAUGUUGUUCCAGGAUUUUAAAUACGAAUGCAGAUGGUGUUCAUGACUAUCACUAAAUAAUAAAUAUGCCCCAUUAAAUUGUAACAUUUCA